AUGAUGAAGACACUCCUGAUCUCCUGCCUCCUCUUGGCCCUGCUUCCUCCAGUGGCAUCUCUGAUAUGUGAGUCUUGUUUCGGUCAAGGAAAAGAUUGCAGAAAUGCCACCACUGUGGAGUGUGACGGUUCCAGUGACCAGUCCUGCUUGUCUGCCAGUGGAAAAGGCAAACUGUCACUUUUGGGGACAAGAGUGGUUGUCAAGUCCUGCAUCGAUACAGAGUUGUGUGAUGCAGACUAUGCCAGUGUCUCCAUAAGCUCAUCACUGGGCACCCUGAUCAAGGUCUCCUGCUGCAAGACAGAUAUGUGCAACAGCGGACCUCCCGAAAUGCCUGAGACUGAGACAAGGGAGCCCAAUGGGCUGCAGUGCCCGAGUUGCAUCGCCAUCUUUUCAGACAAGUGUCAGGCCAAGAAGAACGUCAGCUGCAUAAAUGAGGAGGACCAAUGUUUCCACAUUGGGGCUCGCGUGAACUUUGGGGGAAGCACGUUCCCGGGCGCUCUCCGAGGCUGUGGAACAGCUAGUUUGUGUGACUACACUCAGGGGUUGAUGGAGACUGAUUUUGAAUCAUUAGGACUUGAGAUCACUCAAUUAGAGUGCACUGACGCAAUGGGUGAUGAUGCCACAGAAGACACCACCGUUUCGCCUAGGGGUUGAAGAAGGGGUGGUCUCAGCCUGAGGGCUCCCAGGCUUUCUUUCUAGAAGUCUAGAAGCUCCUCCUCAAAGACAGGCUGUAUUUGACUUCCAUGCGCAAAUGAGGUCAUUGAAUCAUGUCCAAAAUAAAUAUAUAUGGCAAAUCA